AUGGAAAACAUCACCUUCAACAGCUUUUACCUCCAGCUGGAGGGCCUCAAGGUCACUGAGACCUCGAAGUAUUACAUUUUUCUCAUCUUUUUCUUCUCCUACAUUUUUAUUAUGGUGACCAAUGUGGGCAUUUUAGUGUUGAUAAUCAUAGACAGAAACCUCCAUCAGCCCAUGUACCUGCUGUUCUGCAACCUGCCAAUCAACGAUGUGAUGGGAAACUCUAUAAUGAUUCCCCGUCUGCUGUCGGUCAUCCUGAAGCCCCCCUCUGAGCGCCUCAUCAGUUACUACGAGUGUGUGCUUCAGGCUUUCACCGCUCACAUGUUUGGUACCACCUCCAACACUGUGCUCAUGAUUAUGGCCUUCGACAGGUAUGUGGCCAUCUGUAACCCUCUGCGCUACACCAACAUCAUGACCAACAGGAUGGUGCUAAAGCUGACUGUUUUUGCUUGGGGGUCGGCCUUUGUUUUGGUGGCCAUUCUGCUUGGUCUGACAAUCCGGCUGAGCCGAUGCAGGACUCUGAUAGAGAACCCCUUCUGUGACAACGCCUCGCUGUUCAAGCUGUCCUGUGAGAGCGUGGUCAUCAACAACAUCUACGGCCUCACCUUCACCGUGGUCCUGUUCUCGUCUUCCAUCGGAAGCACGGUCCUCACCUACACCAGCAUCAGCGUGGUCUGUCUGACCAGCAAGAACAAGUCUUUGAACAGAAAAGCCCUGAAGACCUGCAGCACUCACCUUUUCGUUUAUAUGGUCAUGAUUUCCUGUGGUCUUCUCAAUAUAGUGCUACAUCGUUUCCCUGAGUACUCGGACCAGAGAAAGCUUAUUGUCAUCUUGUUCCACAUUAUUCCAGGGAGCCUCAACCCAAUCAUCUAUGGACUUCAGUCAAAGGAGGUCCAGCAGGAUUCUGCACGUUUCUGCUCUGAGCUGAAAUGAAACCAGAGAGCAGAUCCGCUCGAAGAAGAGUCUGGAUUCAGCCAGGUCUGAUGCCCGUCCAUGAGGCCCACAUCCACAUGAAAUUAUAAAUUAAAAAAAUGUUGCAGGACACAAACUAACAUGAGAUCUUCACUGGAUCAUGAAGAUCCAGCUGUCGGAUGAAAAUGGGUGCAUGGUGGGGGGGGGGGGUCCGAAGGGUUUAAAUCAAUCUAAACUUCCCACACACAGCUGAGGUGUUAUCUUCAUCAAAGAGGGAGUGGACAAAGGAAUCAAGAUGAGCUGAUAAGCAGCCUCCUGUCAGCUGACUCCUCCUUCCUGCUUGCUGUCCUUCUUUGUUUUUCUGCACUGGUUCUGCUCUGCGCUUCGACUUCCUUCACAUAACUUAAAUACCCCCCUCCAAAUAAAAGUAGUUCAU